GUGACGCCCGGCGGCCAAUGGGGAGCUCGCACAGAAGCCCCACCCCCUCCGAGGUCCCGCCUCUUUGCCUGCGGCAAAAGGCGGUAUGUGGGCCCUGCGGGCCGCCGUCCGCCCAGGGGCCUGGGUCUCCCGCGUGGUUCGCGGCCGCGGGGCCCCGAAAGCUGCGCCCCCUCUGCCGGCCUUGCCGGAUCGCGCGCUGGCCGCCUUCGGCCCCGGGGGACUCAAGGGCCCAGGAGGUGGAGGACGGGGCCCACGGGCUGACGGCCCGAGCAGCCGAACGGGAGAGGAGGAGGAGGAGCCAGAAGAUGCGGAGGAGGAAGAGGAGGAGGAGGAGCUACUGAGGAGGGACCCUUUGCUGCCAGCGGGGACCCAGCGCGUGUGUCUGAUUCACCCUGAAGUCAAGCGGGGACCGCGGAAGCAGCAGCUGAACGGAGCCGAGGGGCAGGUGGCAGAAGCAGAAGCACUGGUCCACACCCUGGGUGGCUGGUCGGUGGUGGAAAGGAUGGUGGUGCCCAGCAAAACACCCGAAGGAAAGCUCAUCUUCGGUAAAGGGACUUUGGAGCGCCUGACAGAGAAAAUCAGAGGGUCGCCAGAAAUCACGGCGGUCUUUCUGAACGUGGAGAGGCUGGCCACGCCUACCAAGAAGGAACUGGAAGCCAGCUGGGGCGUGCCGGUGUUUGACCGAUUCACGGUGGUCCUUCACAUUUUCCGUUGCAACGCCCGGACGAAGGAGGCACGGCUGCAGGUGGCACUGGCCGAGCUGCCCCUUCUCAGGUCCCACCUGAAAAGCAGCACUGCCCGCCCGGAUGGACAAGGACAGGGCUCACGCUAUAUCAUGGGGUCAGGAGAAUCGUUCAUGCAGGUGCAGCAGCGCCUCUUGAAGGAAAAGGAAAUGAAGAUCCGGAAGGCCCUGGAGAGACUGAGGCAGAAACGGCGUCUCCUGGGGAGGCAGCGGAGGCGGCAGGAGUUCCCGGUGAUCGCCGUGGUGGGGUACACCAACUGCGGUGAGAGCCCCUCCGGGCGCGAGAAGUGGGGUCCGCGCUGCCCUCGCACCCUGUACCCUUGCGCCGGGCCCGUGUGUUUGGGGAGAAUCCGUCGCAAAUGCACCAAGACCGUGGCACUCAGAGGGCCGACCCGUGAGCACAGGUGGAAAACAGGGCUGCCGUCCUCAGGGGGUCACAGAGCCCACGGCCCACACCCCGUCGGGUCAUGGGUGUGGUUGUCGAGCGCUGGACGGUGCACAGGGCUCCUGUCCCUCACCAGGGCGUUGAGCUGGCGGUCCCUGUCCAAGGAGAGAGGGAACUUCCCACAAAACCUGGGACGGGACACCGGGGAUACACCUAGGUUUCGGAAACCCCUGUCAGCACCACAGUUCACCGCUGUGCGAAACGCAGGCGACUUCUCUGCGGCCGUGUGCGGCGGCGAAUACGGGGGCUUGGGCUCCUCAGUGGCCGCCGGCCAUGUCCGAGGGCUAGCCUGGGACCAGUGCGCCCUGAGCAAGGUCUGGGUCCGGACACGGGUCCACCUGUGGCAGUCACAGGCCACCAGACCGGCAAUUUCAGGGUCUUCUGUUCUGAGUCCCCUCACCCCCCUGGACCCCAUAUUUCCCUGUACCCUUAUCAUGGUUUCCAUGGUGUUCCUGACCGACAUCCUGACGCACACGGAGGUGGUCCCGGUGGGAGCUCGGGGGGGCGGCAUCCCUGGGGGACCCUCACUCUAUCUCUCCGAGGCCGAGCUGAGUCUAGGGCUGCCCCCAUCCAGGUAUAGCCCGGCGGAACCCCAGGCUGUGGCCGUGUCCGCCCUCCUGGGGCACGGGCUCCCAGAGCUGAAGGCGCGGCUGGAGGACACCGUCCUGAGAGCCACAGGGAGACAGGUCCUCACCCUGCGGGUUCGGCUGGCGGGCGCACAGCUGAGCUGGCUGCAUCGGGAGGCCGCCGUGCAGGACGUGGACGUGAUUCCCGAGGCCGGAGCGGCCGACGUCACCGUCGUCAUCAGCAAGUCCGCCUACGGCAAGUUCAGGAAGCUCUUCCCCGAGUGAAUGGACGUCGUGUCCGCCGCCAUCUCUGGGCCUCCUGCCCGCCCCCUCCAUGGCCGCUCCGGGAGGAAGGGCCGCCGGCCGGAACUCAAAGGCCGGCUUGCCGGCGGACUGAGCAGCUCCUGCCCGCGGACCGAGCGCUCCUGCUGACGGAUGGCGCGUGCCUCGUGAGAGCAGACGAGCCUCCCGCAGGGUUCCGGCCGCAGGACACGGUCUCUCUGCAGCUUCCACGCAGGAGGACGUCCCGCCCGUGGCGGCCGUGAGGGGCCGGUGGUGGCUUCCCCGUCCGCGGUGUGUCGCAGACUCCGCUGCCAGGCCUCGCUGCUCCCCGCGGAGCGCCCUGGACGUCCUGACAGCCUCCCGGCGGUAGGAAGCCUCUUGGCACGGGUCGUGGGAAAACACGGCGAGUCCUUGAAUCAUCACGGAACGGGGGUGCUCCGCUCUUGCCGGCAGCCGGCUGGGACGGGGCAAGGCUGGAGGGACCACGCCUUUUCCACAGCCGGUCAGGGACUGGGGCUGUCGUCACCAAAGGUCCUGGGACACAGGACAGGACGCAGGUCGCUCUGCUGAGAGAGAUGUCCGCAGACCUUGCAGGAGCCCCGAGCCCGGUGCCGUUCCCCGUUCUCUGGAGGGAACGGUGACGUGAGCGGCCGCCCGGGACGCUGUCUUGCUGGAUUUCCCCCUUUGAUGUGUGUUCACCCUUACAGCGGUGUUGUGGGAGUGAUUCCAGAUUUCGGAACUCAGGGAUUAAGGAAAAAACACCUGUAGCCUGCCUGGGGGUCUGCAGGGCGGGGCAGGGCUUUCCUACGGACGGGGGAGCGUUCUCCUCACUCAGGCGUGAGAUGAGAAGAGGCUUGGGGAAACAGGUCGCCGCAGUGCUAGCGUGGAAGAAGGAGGGGCUGCCGGCAGUGGGGGACAGCAGGGAGCACGGGGAGCUUGGGAGCUGGGUUCCCACCCGGAGGCCCCAGCCCCUGACGUGGGCCCCGUGAGACCCACGUCAGCGUGCUGGCUUGCGGAAACAUUAGGAGAAUACAUGUGUGUGCUCUGAAGUCA